CGAGCCGCCCAUUUCAAAAUCAUCCAUCCCCCCUCGUCACCUCGCCUCCCUCCUCUCCCCCACCAAGCGACUCGGCGCCCAACUCGUGGGGGAGGCGGGAGCGUGCGCUCGAGGGCUAGGGUUUCGCGCGCCAUGGAGGCGGCGGCGGCGUUGUCCGCGUCUGCCUCGGCGUCUGCGGGCCGGUCGCACCCAUCUACCAGCGCCGCCCAGGCUCCCAGUAUUACGGCUGUGAGAUCUGAAGAAGAAAAUGUUGUCUCUCGCUAUGUUUUAUCUGUUAUUGACUCAUUGAAGAAAAGAAUUACAGCAAAUCGAUUUACUUACAUUAAGAAUAGGAUAGAGCAGAACAAGAUUAAUCUCAGCACCUUUACGCAGAAUGCUUACAAUUUGUCAAAAACUAGGCAAAAUAAUACAUCAAAUGGUACUGAUGUUGUAUCGAAUUUUCUCACGAAAAGGCAAGAUGAUGCACUGAGCACCUUGCAUAGUCCUGAAAUUUGUCCUGCUGACAAAGAUGGUGACAAUUGCCAAGAAGAAAAUUCUUUCUCCACAUCGAAUGCUGUUUUGGGUGGAAAUCUUGGUGCAAGGAAUGCCAUUCGACCGAUCAAACUACCAGAAGUGCCAAAGCUUCCACCUUACACGACAUGGAUAUUUUUGGACAGGAACCAGAGGAUGACAGAGGACCAAUCUGUACUUGGUCGGCGAAGGAUUUACUAUGAUGCAAGUUGUGGCGAAGCCUUAAUUUGCAGCGAUAGUGAAGAUGAAGCCAUUGAGGACGAAGAAGAGAAAAAUGGAUUCAAACAUUCUGAAGAUUGCAUUAUUCGCCCUAGUGAAGAUGGUGUUGGUGUUUUGAAGGAUAAGGAACAAAAGAAAGAGUUCACAGAUGCUGAAGAUUUUAUUUUUCGGAUGACAAUUCAAGAAUGUGGCCUAUCUGAUGCUGUGCUGGAAGCGCUAGCUCAACAUUUUGUGAGGGCUGCUGAUGAUAUAAAGGCUAGGUAUGAGAUCCUACACGGUGAGAAAACUGAGGAUUCUUCUAAGAAAAUGAUUGAAUAUAAUGCCAAAGUGGAACAUUUGUACUGUGACAAGGAUUUGGACGCAGCAUUGGAUUCCUUUGACAAUCUCUUUUGUCGACGAUGUCUAGUUUUCGAUUGCAAACUACAUGGGUGUUCUCAAGAUUUAGUAUUUCCUACAGAAAAACAACCAGCUUGGAGUGGCAUGGAUGAUGGUAUACCUUGUGGCAUUCAUUGUUAUAAAAUGGUCUCCAAACUAAAUUCUGUAGCUGCAACAGAUUCUCACAUGCUUGUUGAUGCUGAGGAGCCAACUCACUCAUCAGACAAUGCAACAAACCAGCCAGGCCUAAAAAGGAAAAAGCAUGGUUCCAGUGGAAGAAAAACCAAAUCUCAACAAAGUGAAAGCUCUUCAACUGCAAGAGUUGCCUCAGAAAGCAGUGACUCAGAAAUACAUCCAAUAAGCAGUAAAUCUCCACAACACUCUCCUAGUCCCUCAAAAGUUAAAAUUGGCUCAAAAGGUGGAAUCAGGAAAGUUACCAAUAGAAGAAUUGCUGAACGAAUUCUUAUGAGUGUGAAAAAAGGACAAAGGGAAAUGCCACAAUCGGACUCUAGUUCUCUUAGUGGAUCCCUUUGGGCAAGGGACAUGAAACUUAGAUCCGAUACACGAAACGGAAAUAAGGAUUCAUUUGUAUCUUCUCAAUCCAAUUCUCCAAGCACAAGAAGUUCUAGAAAGAAGAGCACACAUCAAAUUGGGAAUAACUCAGUUUUUGCUGAAGCUCAGAAUGAUUCAAUGGAGGAAACAAACAACCAACAUUCGGCAACAGCUGGUUACGAUAGUUCAAGGAAAGAAGAAUUUGUUGACGAGAAUAUAUGCAAGCAGGACGAUAACUGUAGAUCCUGGAAGGUGAUUGAGCAGGGACUUCUGGUGAAAGGAUUAGAGAUUUUUGGAAGGAACAGUUGUUUAAUUGCUCGAAACCUUCUUGGUGGAAUGAAAACAUGCAGAGAUGUUUCUCAGUAUAUGAAUUAUAUUGAAAACAGUAGUGCAUCUGGAGCUCUUAGUGGUGUUGAUUCUCUUGUUAAAGGAUAUAUAAAGGGUAAUGAGUUGCGUGCGAGAUCAAGGUUUUUUAGAAGGCGAGGUAAAGUCCGUCGUUUGAAAUACACCUGGAAAUCUGCAGGUUACCAUUUCAUAAGGAAAAGGAUUACAGAAAGGAAGGAUCAGCCCUGUCGACAGUAUAAUCCUUGUGGGUGUCAAUCUGCAUGUGGGAAGCAGUGUCCAUGUCUCACAAAUGGGACAUGCUGUGAGAAAUACUGUGGAUGUCCAAAAAUAUGCAAGAAUCGUUUUCGAGGUUGUCAUUGUGCAAAGAGUCAGUGUCGCAGCCGCCAAUGUCCAUGCUUUGCUGCUGACAGGGAAUGCGAUCCUGAUGUUUGCAGAAACUGCUGGGUCGGGUGUGGUGAUGGUACAUUGGGAGUCCCAAACCAGAGAGGAGAUAAUUAUGAAUGCCGGAACAUGAAAUUGCUUCUUAAACAACAACAAAGGGUCUUACUUGGAAGAUCUGAUGUUUCUGGCUGGGGAGCGUUCCUUAAGAAUAGUGUUGGCAAACAUGAAUAUCUCGGCGAGUACACUGGGGAACUUAUCUCCCACAAGGAAGCAGAUAAGCGGGGAAAGAUAUACGACCGUGAAAAUUCAUCAUUCCUUUUCAAUUUGAAUAAUGAGUUCGUUCUUGAUGCGUACAGAAUGGGUGACAAGUUGAAAUUUGCCAACCAUUCCCCUGAUCCAAAUUGCUACGCCAAGGUUAUCAUGGUAGCAGGUGAUCAUAGGGUAGGCAUAUUUGCCAAAGAACGGAUCAACGCUGGCGAGGAGCUGUUCUAUGAUUACCGCUACGAGCCUGACCGAGCCCCUGCCUGGGCUCGGAAGCCUGAGGCUGGAGGAAAGGACGACGGGCAACCGUCCAAUGGGCGCGCAAAGAAGCUUGCCCAAAACACUAGAGCUUGAUUCUGAUUCUUUCAUUGGAGAGCCUAAAAUUUGGUAGUCAUUCCGACUGAUGGAAGCCUGCCAUUCCUAGGCCACUGAUUUAGUCGGAUACUUGUCAAUGCAACUUGAAUAUUUUGUGAUUUAUUGUUAUGAAUUCACCAUGGCUGCUGGUCCUGCCAUCCGUAGAUUUAGCUGGCGGGCGGCUGAUCUGAUGUAACAUGAGCUGACUGAUAGGUUGCGUAUACUCCUUUAGAGCCAGAUUCUUGUGGAGUACGAUUAGAGUGAUUUUGAAGCAAAAAGUUGUAUACCAAAUACUGGAGCUCCUGUUUACUGUAUCCCCAAAGCCAAAAGAAAAGAAGGCUCGACAAAUUUAUGUCAAA